AUGAGUCAGCAAAUCCCCCAAUCCAUCGAAGCUAUAUUCGAGAACAACAAGAAAUGGGUAUCCACGAAAAAGGUUGAAGACCCGGCCUUCUUCGAGAAGCUCGCUGCGGGGCAGACACCGGAUUACCUAUAUAUCGGCUGCAGCGAUAGUCGUGUCCCCGCCAACGAGAUCAUGGGCCUCGAGGCCGGCGAGGUCUUCGUUCACCGCAACAUUGCCAACCUCGUGCCCAACAUCGACCUCAAUGUGAUGUCGGUAGUCAAUUAUGCAGUGCGACACCUAAACGUAAAGCAUAUCAUCGUUUGCGGCCACUACAAUUGCGGGGGCGUCAAAGCCGCCCUGACACCGACCGACCUGGGCUUGCUGAAUCCCUGGCUCCGAAACAUCCGGGACGUGUAUCGUCUGCACGAGAAGGAAUUGGAUAAGAUUGAAGACGAAGCCAAGCGAUACAACCGCCUGGUCGAACUCAAUGUCAUUGAGUCUUGCAGGAAUGUUAUCAAAACUGCUGCUGUCCAACAGAGUUAUCGUGAUAAUAAGUAUCCGAUCGUUCAUGGUUGGGUGUUUGAUCUACGGGAUGGUCUUCUCAGGGAUCUUCACAUUGAUUUUGAGAAUAUGCUAGAGGAUGUGAUGAAGAUCUACCACUUGUCUCCGGGUUCUGGUCACUCGGAGACUUCUGGUGGUGCUUGA